UGCGCUUAGAGCGCACUGGAGUGUAGUUCAGGAAAAGGGAGGGAGCUAGACUCUAGUCAUAGUAGUUAGUUAUUAAACGCAAAUAAAAAGUCUCUUAGGGCAGUAAACAACGUGGGUCCUUGGGAAAUCGCCAUCGGAGACAUUCCGGUCGCCGUUGGGGGCUUGGAGAGAGUCUCGGUGGCAAUUUUUACCUGUUCCUUUUUACAAAGCGGCGUGCCGAGGGAGGACGCGUCUCUUUGAAUAGACAGGAUGCACGGACCGCCCUCCGGCGACAGCGCAUGCCCAUUGCGCCUCAUCAAGAGAGUGCAAUUCGGCAUCAUCAGCCCAGAUGAGCUUAAACGGAUGUCAGUCACAGAAGGAGGUAUCAAAUACCCUGAAACCACAGAGGGUGGCCGUCCCAAAUUGGGAGGUUUGAUGGAUCCUCGACAAGGGGUCAUCGAGAGGUCAGGCAGGUGCCAGACUUGUGCAGGUAACAUGACAGAAUGUCCGGGGCACUUUGGCCACAUUGAGCUUGCCAAGCCGGUUUUUCAUGUAGGCUUCAUCACCAAAAUCAUGAAGGUUCUGCGGUGUGUCUGCUUCUUCUGCUCCAAGCUGCUGGUUGAUUCGAAUAACCCAAAAAUCAAGGACAUCCUGUCCAAGUCAAAGGGUCAGCCACGGAAGCGACUGACACACGUGUAUGACCUAUGCAAAGGAAAAAACAUCUGUGAGGGGGGUGAGGAGAUGGACAACAAAUUUGGCGUGGAGCAGGCUGAGGCUGAGGAAGACAUUACGAAGGAGAAGGGCCAUGGCGGUUGUGGACGCUAUCAGCCUUGUAUCCGCCGCUCGGGGCUGGAGCUGUACGCGGAGUGGAAGCAUGUCAACGAGGACUCCCAGGAAAAGAAGAUUCUGCUGAGCCCUGAACGCGUGCACGAGAUCUUCAAGCGCAUCUCUGACGAGGAGGACAUCAUCCUGGGCAUGGACCCCAAAUUUGCCCGGCCCGAGUGGAUGAUCGUCACUGUGCUGCCUGUGCCCCCGCUCGCUGUCCGACCCGCCGUGGUCAUGCAGGGCUCCGCCCGUAACCAGGAUGAUUUGACACACAAGCUGGCGGACAUUGUGAAGAUCAAUAAUCAGCUGCGGCGGAAUGAGCAGAGCGGGGCGGCGGCCCACGUCAUCGCCGAGGACGUGAAGCUGCUGCAGUUCCACGUGGCCACCAUGGUGGACAAUGAGCUGCCUGGCCUGCCUAGGGCCAUGCAGAAAUCGGGCCGCCCCCUUAAAUCUAUAAAACAGCGGCUGAAGGGGAAGGAGGGCCGUGUCAGAGGAAACCUGAUGGGGAAGCGUGUGGACUUCUCCGCCCGUACCGUCAUCACCCCAGACCCGAACUUACAGAUCGACCAGGUCGGCGUCCCGCGCUCCAUUGCUGCCAACAUGACCUUCCCUGAGAUCGUCACCCCCUUCAACAUUGACAGACUCCAGGAGCUGGUGAGAAGGGGGAACAGUCAAUAUCCGGGAGCCAAAUACAUCAUCCGUGACAACGGUGACCGUAUUGACCUGCGUUUCCACCCUAAACCCAGCGACCUGCACCUCCAGAUUGGCUACAAGGUGGAGCGGCACAUGUGCGAUGGUGACAUCAUCAUCUUCAACAGACAGCCCACGCUGCACAAAAUGUCUAUGAUGGGGCACAAAGUUCGAAUCCUGCCCUGGUCCACCUUCCGACUCAACCUCAGUGUGACCACCCCUUACAACGCUGACUUUGACGGGGACGAGAUGAACCUUCACCUGCCGCAGUCCCUGGAGACGCGAGCGGAGAUCCAGGAGCUCGCCAUGGUGCCCCGCAUGAUUGUCACGCCCCAGUCCAACCGGCCUGUCAUGGGUAUCGUGCAGGAUACUCUCACGGCUGUGCGCAAGUUCACCAAGAGGGACGUCUUUCUGGAGAGGGGAGAGGUGAUGAACCUGCUCAUGUUCCUGUCCACCUGGGACGGGAAGGUCCCCCAGCCGGCCAUCCUGAAGCCCCGGCCGCUCUGGACCGGCAAGCAGAUCUUCAGCCUCAUCAUCCCCGGCCACAUCAACGUCAUCCGCACGCACAGCACCCACCCCGACGAGGAGGACAGCGGCCCCUACAAGCACAUUUCCCCUGGAGACACGAAGGUGAUCGUGGAGAACGGAGAGCUGAUCAUGGGCAUCCUUUGUAAGAAGUCCUUGGGUACCUCCGCUGGUUCCCUGGUCCACAUAUCCUACCUGGAGAUGGGCCACGAUGUUACCCGCCUCUUUUAUUCCAACAUCCAAACUGUCGUCAACAACUGGCUGCUCAUCGAGGGUCACUCUAUUGGUAUUGGUGACUCCAUCGCUGAUGCCAAGACUUACUUGGACAUUCAGAACACCAUCAAGAAAGCCAAACAGGAUGUGAUAGAGGUCAUUGAGAAGGCCCACAAUAACGAGCUGGAGCCCACUCCUGGUAACACCCUGAGGCAGACCUUUGAGAACCAGGUGAACCGUAUCCUGAACGACGCCCGUGACAAGACUGGCUCCUCUGCCCAGAAGUCCCUGUCUGAGUACAACAACUUCAAGUCCAUGGUGGUGGCGGGGUCCAAAGGAUCCAAGAUCAACAUCUCGCAGGUCAUUGCUGUGGUGGGGCAGCAGAACGUGGAGGGUAAGCGGAUCCCCUUCGGCUUCAAGCACCGGACACUGCCGCACUUCAUCAAGGACGACUACGGGCCUGAGAGCAGGGGCUUUGUGGAGAACUCCUACCUGGCCGGCCUCACGCCAACCGAGUUUUUCUUCCACGCCAUGGGCGGGAGAGAGGGGCUUAUCGAUACAGCUGUGAAAACAGCUGAGACUGGUUACAUUCAGCGACGUCUGAUCAAGUCUAUGGAGUCUGUGAUGGUGAAGUAUGACGCCACAGUGCGUAACUCCAUUAACCAGGUGGUGCAGCUGCGCUAUGGAGAGGACGGGCUGGCCGGUGAGGCUGUGGAGUUCCAGAACAUGGCCACGCUCAAGCCCUCCAACAAAGCCUUCGAGAAAAAGUUCAAAUUUGACUGCACCAACGAGCGAGCCCUGCGGCGCACCCUGCAGGAGGACGUGGUGAAGGACGUGAUGACCAACGCACAUGUGCAGAGCGCCCUGGAACGAGAGUUUGAGAAGAUGAGGGAGGACCGUGAGAUCCUACGGGCCAUCUUCCCCACUGGAGAUAGCAAGGUGGUGCUGCCUUGUAAUCUUGCCAGGAUGAUUUGGAACGCACAGAAGAUUUUCCGCAUCAAUCCUCGCACUCCCACAGAUCUGAACCCCUUGCGUGUUGUCGAUGGCUUGCAGGACCUGAGUAAGAAGCUGGUGAUCGUGAACGGGGACGACCCCCUGAGCCGACAGGCGCAGCAGAACGCCACCCUGCUCUUCAACAUCCACCUGCGCUCCACCCUCUGCUCCCGGCGCAUGACCGAGGAGUUCCGCCUCAGCACCGAGGCCUUCGACUGGCUGCUGGGGGAGAUCGAGACCAAGUUCAACCAGUCCAUUGUACACCCCGGGGAGAUGGUAGGAGCCCUGGCCGCCCAGUCCCUGGGAGAGCCGGCCACACAGAUGACCCUGAACACCUUCCACUACGCCGGUGUGUCGGCCAAGAACGUCACCCUGGGUGUGCCUCGACUCAAGGAGCUCAUCAACAUCUCCAAAAGGCCCAAGACCCCCUCGCUCACUGUCUUCCUGCUGGGCCAGGCAGCCCGUGAUGCAGAGAGGGCCAAGGACAUCCUGUGUCGUCUGGAACACACCACUCUGCGCAAGGUGACUGCCAACACGGCCAUCUACUACGACCCCAACCCCCAGAGCACGGUGGUGACCGAAGACCAGGAGUGGGUCAACGUGUACUACGAGAUGCCCGACUUUGACGUGACGCGCAUCUCUCCAUGGCUGCUCCGCAUCGAGCUGGACCGCAAACACAUGACUGACCGCAAACUGACCAUGGAACAGAUCGCCGAGAAGAUCAAUGCAGGCUUUGGAGAUGAUCUGAACUGCAUCUUCAAUGAUGACAAUGCAGAGAAGCUGGUACUGAGAAUUCGCAUCAUGAACAGUGAUGAGAACAAGUUCCAAGAGGAUGAAGAGGUGGUAGACAAGAUGGAUGACGACGUGUUCCUGCGCUGCAUUGAGUCCAACAUGCUGACUGAUAUGACGUUACAGGGCAUUGAGCAGAUCAGCAAGGUGUACAUGCACCUCCCUCAGACGGACAACAAGAAGAAGAUCAUCAUCACGGAGGACGGAGAGUUCAAGGCCCUGCAGGAGUGGAUCCUGGAGACGGACGGCGUGGGGCUCAUGAGGGUCCUGAGUGAGAAGGACGUGGACCCGGUCAGAACCACCUCCAACGACAUCGUGGAGAUCUUCACGGUUUUGGGCAUUGAAGCUGUGCGCAAGGCCCUGGAGAGGGAGCUGUACCACGUCAUCUCCUUCGACGGCUCCUACGUCAACUACCGGCACUUGGCCCUGCUGUGUGACACCAUGACCUGCCGCGGCCAUCUGAUGGCCAUCACUCGACAUGGCAUCAACCGGCAGGACACCGGGCCACUUAUGAAGUGCUCCUUCGAGGAGACGGUGGAUGUGCUGAUGGAGGCUUCCUCUCACGGGGAGAGCGACCCCAUGAAGGGCGUGUCUGAGAACAUCAUGCUGGGUCAGCUGGCCCCGGCCGGCACCGGCUGCUUCGACCUGCUGCUAGACGCAGAAAAGUGCAAAUACGGCAUGGAGAUCCCCACCAACAUCCCUGGGAUCAGUGUGGCAGGACCAACGGGCAUGUUUUUCGGCUCUGCUCCCAGUCCCAUGAGCAGUAUGUCUCCAGCCAUGACCCCCUGGAACACAGGAGCCACGCCCGCCUACGGGGCCUGGUCGCCCAGCAUGGGCAGCGGAAUGACCCCCGGAGCGGCGGGCUUCUCGCCCAGCGCCGCAUCCGACGCCAGCGGCUUCUCCCCAGGGUACUCCCCAGCCUGGUCGCCCACGCCCGGCUCGCCUGGAUCCCCAGGCCCCGCCAGCCCGUACAUCCCCUCUCCAGGUGGAGCAAUGUCUCCCAACUACUCUCCGACCUCCCCUGCCUACGAGCCGCGUUCACCGGGAGGCUACACGCCCCAGAGCCCGGGCUACUCCCCCACGUCGCCCUCUUACUCGCCCACGUCGCCCUCCUAUUCCCCCACCAGCCCCAACUACAGCCCCACCUCCCCGUCCUAUUCGCCCACCUCGCCCAGCUAUUCGCCCACUUCACCCUCCUACUCGCCCACGUCUCCCAGCUACUCCCCCACCUCGCCCUCCUAUUCUCCCACGUCGCCUUCCUACUCGCCCACCUCCCCCUCUUACUCUCCCACCUCCCCCAGCUACAGCCCCACCUCGCCUAGUUACAGCCCCACUUCACCCAGCUACAGCCCCACUUCGCCGUCAUAUUCUCCCACUUCCCCUUCCUACUCGCCCACCUCGCCGUCCUACUCGCCCACAUCCCCCAGUUACUCCCCGACCUCUCCUUCCUACUCCCCUACCUCUCCGAGCUAUAGCCCCACCUCCCCCAACUACACGCCCACCUCACCCUCUUACUCCCCCACGUCGCCCUCUUACUCCCCCACCUCACCGUCAUACUCCCCCACCUCGCCCAACUACACCCCCACCAGCCCCAACUACUCUCCCACCUCUCCCUCUUACUCUCCAACUUCGCCAUCCUACUCCCCGUCCAGCCCGCGGUACACCCCUCAGUCCCCCACGUACACGCCCAGCUCGCCCUCCUACAGCCCCAGCUCACCCUCCUACUCUCCCACCUCCCCCAAAUACACCCCCACGUCUCCCUCUUACAGCCCCAGCUCUCCAGAAUACACCCCCACUUCCCCAAAAUACUCCCCCACUUCCCCAAAGUACUCUCCGACGUCCCCCAAGUACAGCCCCACCUCGCCCACUUACUCUCCCACCACCCCGAAAUACAGCCCCACCUCUCCAACCUACUCCCCCACCUCACCCACCUAUACACCAACCAGCCCCAAGUACUCCCCGACCUCCCCAACCUAUUCACCCACUUCUCCCAAAUACUCUCCCACCUCUCCCACCUACUCGCCCACUAGCCCCAAGGGCUCCACCUACAGCCCCACCUCUCCAGGCUACAGCCCCACGUCCCCCACUUACAGCCUCACCAGCCCGGCCAUUAGCCCCGACGACAGCGAUGAGGAGAACAACUGAAGAGGUUUCGCGAGAAAGAACUGAAGCGGUUUCUUCUGUCCCACUCGUUUGCCUUCUCCUUACGGGACAGAUAAAAGGACAAUUUGCACCCCUGUUGGUGGAGAAGUCGUGCUGGGGGAGGCAGAGGAACUUGGGGUCCCACUUGUGA